CUUCUGUCUGUGUCUCUCGAACCCUCACUGUUCUCUUGAGCUCCGUCUGUUUCACUCUUCCCUUCAUCCCACAUGCACUUCUAUCGCUCUCCUCCUUCUUAUACUCUCCCCCUCUCUCUCUCACUCUCUCUCUCUCUGUCUGUCUGUCCCUUUAAUUCUCUCUCUCGUCGCUUAUGAACACAGGAAUAUUCUGACAUGCUGGAGAUGAGUUUAAGUGGGCAUCUGGAGAGCCUCCUGUUUCCGCCUCCUCGUGUUGCUGUACUACCAUGAGCAGUUCCACUCCAUCCACAGCUAAUGGCACUGACAGUAAAAACUAUAAAGGAGACCGAUCUCCCUGUGUCCCCUCCCGUGUCCUCCACGUCCGCAAAGUUCCCAUUGAAGUGUCUGAAGCAGAGGUCGUCUCACUAGGAGUACCUUUUGGCAGAGUCACCAACCUGUUGAUGCUUAAAGGGAAAAACCAAGCUUUUAUAGAAAUGGCUUCUGAAGAAGCAGCCAUCACCAUGGUCAACUACUACACCACAGCCACACCCCAUGUCCGCAACCAGCCCGUCUACAUCCAGUAUUCCAACCACCGUGAGCUCAAGACUGAUAAUCUGCCCAAUCAGGGGAGGGCUCAGGCUGCUUUGCAAGCUGUCAAUGCAGUGCAUUCUGGGAAUAUGAGUCUCUCCGGGACUGCGACAGCCAGUGAUGGCGGAAUGAUGCCUGGACAAAGUCCUGUGCUUCGCAUCAUCGUAGAGAAUCUCUACUACCCAGUGUCUCUAGAAGUGCUACACCAGAUCUUCUCAAAAUUUGGAACGGUCCUGAAGAUCAUUACCUUCACCAAGAACAACCAGUUCCAGGCCUUGCUACAAUAUGCAGAUCCAAUGAACGCACAUCAUGCCAAAAUGGCUUUGGAUGGGCAGAACAUCUACAAUGGCUGCUGCACUCUGCGUGUUGAAUUCUCCAAGCUGACCAGUCUGAAUGUGAAAUAUAACAACGACAAGAGCAGGGACUUCACACGUCUAGACCUUCCCUCCGGGGAUGGGCAGCCUGCAAUGGACCCCACCAUGCAGACUGCUUUUGGGGCUCCUGGGAUCAUUUCCUCUCCAUACCCUGGGGCGGCUGGUUUCGCCCCCGCUAUCGGUUUCCCUCAGGCAGGUCUGUCUAUGCAGGCGAUGCCUGGUGCUCUGGGACCUCUCACCAUCCCUUCAUCAGCAAUGACAGGACGGAUGACCAUCCACGGCAUGACCCCCACUACCAUCCACUCCGUGCUCCUCGUCUCCAACCUCAACCCCGACAGUAUAUCGCCACACGAACUCUUCAUUUUAUUCGGAGUCUACGGAGAUGUUCACAGAGUCAAGAUUCUGUUCAACAAGAAAGAGAAUGCCCUAAUACAGAUGGCUGAUGCCACGCAAGCCCAGCUCGCGAUGAGCCAUUUGAACGGUCAGCGUCUGUAUGGUAAGGUGAUCCGUGUGACCAUCUCAAAGCACCAGACGGUGCAGCUCCCCAGGGAGGGUCAGGAGGACCAGGGCCUGACCAAAGACUUCAGUGGGAGCCCGUUGCACCGCUUCAAAAAGCCCGGCUCCAAGAACUUCCAGAACAUUUUCCCCCCCUCCGCCACCCUGCACCUCUCAAAUAUCCCUCCCUCCACCACAGAUGAUUUUCUGAAAGACCUGUUUGCCAGUUCUGGAUACACAGUCAAGGCCUUCAAGUUUUUCCAAAAGGACCGCAAGAUGGCGCUGAUCCAGCUGGGUUCGGUGGAAGAAGCCAUUCAGGCUCUUAUCGUCCUCCACAACCACGACCUGGGAGAGAACCACCAUUUGCGAGUGUCCUUCUCCAAAUCCACCAUUUAGCAUCCCCUUCACUACAAAUGCACCCUUUCCCCAUCCUCCCCGUUCCAGCCCUUCUACCUUCAGCAGUCUGACUGUUUCAUUCAGAGAAAAAGACUGACUGACAAACUCAAAAAAAAAAAAAAAAAAAAAAAAUUGCAGAUAUUCAUGGGGUAGUUUUAGAAAUUUUCCCAAAAAACAAAAAAACAAAAAACAAAAAAAAACAAGCAAAUAAGAGACUACUGCAGAACCUUUAGACAGUCUGAGAGUGUGUUUUACUCUCACGAUACCAGGGCUGGAGACACAUGGGAUAUCCAUGACAAUGUGACGUUUCUGGGAACUUCCGUGUCGAGGAAGUAGGACUCCCUCUAUAGUCUAUUGGUGAGGACUUUGUUAGUGUGAAACAUGAGGUGAACAUUCUCAAAAAAAAAGUCAAUGCUGAGGAAGUUUCUUCACCGCACACUUGCCGAUUACAUUGGAGACUGACACUCCUGUAGCCCAAUGGCCUUGUUACCCCAGACCCCAGUGAGGGCGGAGUCUCCUCUGUGCCUCCCCCAAAACCCACACCUUCAUUCUCAUUUGCUGUUUCAAUGGAGAGCCCCAUUUCCUGUGGGAUGUUUUGGAUGCACGGUCACCGUUUGAAUGUCGCUGACAUCAUCAUUAAGGUGCUGCUGGAAAAAAAAAAUCUGUAGCGAUGGCCUCAAACAAUAGGCUUGUGCUUUUCUUCUGAGUAGCAUUAAAAUAAGACUGCUAUGGAUUCAAGAAUGGGUGCGUUUAAAAUUCAAUUGCAGCUGUUUCGGCUUACAAACCUUUUGUUUCUCAGCACUUUGAUUGAUUUGAAUUGAAGACAGGCACCGUGGGGAAUGUUUGGCAUCCUCAUAUCUGUUUACUGUGCAAAGAUGUAUAGCCAGAUGGUAGGCAUCUGUGAAUAGAUAGUGAAUGGCGUGAUGUUUUUUUUUUUCUUGUAUUAUGGAAAUUUUAUAUUGGACAGACCAGCCUUUCGUGGGCUCUCUGCACCUGCAAAGCUGUCAGAGAACAUCUGCGUGCAAUGGCGCACAAUGUCAUUGUCCAGUUGAUCGGGUUCCUCUGAACCGGGGCAACUGUUCUCAAACAUGCACGAUCAUUCCGGAACACUUACGGCCAGCUGUCAACCCUACUGGAACGCUCCAAUCAGCAACGCCCAGCCUGAUAGGAGGCUCCGCCUCCUCCUAAGUGAAAUUCUCAAUGUGAAUGGUAAAGCCCGUGAUCUCGAUGGGAAAUUGACGAUUUCCUCCAUUCUGUUCCCCUUCUUGCUCUUAGUUGAGUCUUUUCCUUUCGUUCUACUUGUUUUCUAUCUUUCCACACAGGGGCAGAAGGUUCUAUCCUCUGUUCUUUCACUCCUCGGCUCUGUCCACAGGUGUGAGAGUUUGCAGCAAUGGGCUCUGUAGAAACCGUAGUGAAGCCCAUUGAGUCACAGCAAAAAAAGAGGGCGGCACUCUCUUUUGCCUUGCAGUCCCACACUAAAUGCCUCUGCAUCUGAGCAAACCAAAUAUUAACGGAUUGAGUAAGUCGAAUGACACGGAGAUACCACCUAGUUCCCAAAACCUAGUGAGCUGCUACAUAGGCAGCUGCCUUCUAAAGCAGUAUCCUAAUCGCCAUCAAAGCCCAUAAGUGACUGAUCUGUAAUGCUCUAGAACUGACUAAUAGCACAGAAGUCUAAACUCUGAGUCCAUAUCAUUGGAAAAAACUAUCAGUGUGAGUCUUGUAAGUCAAUAAUACAAAGAAAAUGAUAUAAUGAAAAUACUCACUCCAAAACUAACAUCUCCUCCAGGAGGAGGCAUUAUGAUUCGAUUGAUUUUAGUAGCGUUAGAUGUUAGAUGUAACUCCAAUUGUACAAUAUUGGCUUUCUUUAAGCUCAUUACAGUGAUAGAGUUUGAGGUUAGCAUGUUGCUAAGCUAAUAAUGCGGUAGUCUAACACUGCGUCUAAAACCGGACACAAAGUGAACCCAUUAUAAUCAGUUAUUGUCUAUGCUGGAUGCAGUGUGACACGACACAGACAGUAAACAGAUGCCGGUUCUGUUUCUAAGGCACUCCAUGUGCUUGUGCUAUUUCUGACAACAGGACAAACUUUCACUUUGACGUUCGUUGUAGAAAACCUCAAGAUGUUGCAGCACAACGCGAUAGCUCUUGCACACUAUGUAGACAUGCUGUAAUAAAUGUAAAAACUCGUAGCACAUGCUUAAUAUUUGCUUGUGCUAUGUAUUACAUAGACUGUCUCAACAUUAGCUUAGCAACAUGCUAAUAGCAAACUCAGUUUAGUGGAAUCAGUUGAUUCAUAUAGUUAAUAAUUAAUUUUAGUGUUUUUAGCCUGAUUCUGACUCUAGUCAAAAUAAUCAAUUUUUAAUUAAGCAAUAUUAUAGAUAUUUUCAGUAUUGAACGAAUUUGAAGUAUAUUCAUAAUCGACAUUUGUAUUGAUUCGCCCUCCAUCUUGAAUUUGAAUUAGCUUAUCAGAGUACAUUCUGGGAUUGUCUUAUCCACAAAAGAUACAUGAAAUGCUGCCUUAGAGUUUGGCCAAAAUUAGAUAUCUUAGAAGGCUGGAACAGCCUUUGUGUCGGGAUCAUGCCUGUGAUGCCUUAAAAUGUUGUCCAAGUAGGCAGCUUACUAGGUUUUGGAACAUGGCAAUGGUGAGCACAUACUGUACAGAAGCUGAUCCUGUAUAUGUAUGUGUUUUACCGGCUGUAUCAGGACGCUCUAGGAUAUAUGAUGUCUCCCUUGUGUGUACGAGCGAGGUGCUGUCUCAUUUAGCGAAAAUCUGGCCUUAACAUUCCAAGGAGGGUCACCAUAGACCCAUUGAGUAGCAUCUAAAGGGAGCAGCUUCUGUGCCUGUGCACUAUAUCCUCUGUCAAAGUCCAUUUGAAUCACAGUUAUGAAACAAAUCUUUGUUCAUGCAAGGCAAGGGACAGUGACUUUUUUUGUCUUUGACUGAUUUCACCUGAAGCGAUUCGAAACUUCGCUUUCACUUCUCAAAAGAAAUUGAAUUUUGUUGAAGUUUACAGUCUUAAAGCAAAACUAUUCAGGUCUAUAUAUCUUAAGGAUUGUCAAGAUUUUUUGAGAAAAAAAAAAGUUACUUAUUUUUGGUAAUUUGUUCUUUUUUAUGGAAGAGAAAAAAAAAAUCAAAUUUGAAACCUCAUCGGGUUUUUGUACCACUAUAAUCAUUCAAGAAAUCAUGGUGAAAAAAAAAUAAUCAUAUUUACUGUGUAUUUACCUAAUUUCUUAUUAUGUGCCUUAUUAUGUGUUCAUAAUCAAAUAGGUUUUAGAAAUUUUACCUGAAAUAUCUUAUGUACUAUUUUGUGGGAUUGGUGAGAGGGUUGAUUUAUUUUGAUCUUGAUUUUUCUUUCAUUUUUUUGUUGUGUAGCUCUUAUAGAUGUGCAUUUUGUGGGGACUCAGUACCAUGUGGUCUUAAUAUGAUAUGAGAUGUAAGUUAUGAUGUAUGGUGCUGUGAAUGCUCUUAUUAGACAAAUGAACGGUGAACUCAACAAUGUUCAGAGCAUGCUGUGGGUCUCUAUUCUUCCUUGCAGAUGUGUACAUAUGUGUGCUUGACCAGCGUACCAUUGAUACAAACAGCCUUUCUAGGCCAAAAACAAAGUCCCUCCAUCUCUGAUAUAAAUAUUUCACGAUCAGAAACCAAAGUUGCUGUAAACUUGCAUAUUGUUCUGAUUAAAUAGUAUAAUUUUAUGAGCUGUUAUGAGCACAUCUGUGAAGUUUUUUUCUUUUCUAAGUGAUCACACAAAUUUCGCAAAUUUCACCCGGCGAACGACAAAAACGGGUGAAAAAAAUCCCAUAGACUUGCAUUGAUGGAGGCACCCAAGCCAUAUCUAGAGACUUGGAGUUGGGCUCUUUUUUCUUUGGGCCAGUAAGUAACCACAUCAGGACACCAUAGCAAUGCAUUAAGACCACUCCGAACAUCUUUGCAACCAUAUAGCAACACUCUGGCAACCUCCCACAAACCAUAAUGUGAUGUUGGCGAGUUUUUCAAUGAAAACUCGUGGACUGUGCUUGAUAUCCUCUUCUAAUAUGAUCCGUCUAAAUUUUCCUCACGGAGACCCAGGAGCCCACAGCAUUCCCUCUGAGUGUUCAGGUCUGCCUUCCGUUUUGCUAUGGAGUGAUGCUGAUGUCUGAGACCUCCACCUGUGUGUUUUGGAGUAUCUUAUUUACUGUACCUUAUAUUUGAUUCAUUUUAGGGGUUUUGGCCUAUUUCGUUCUUGCUCUGUUGUGAUACUUUUUGUUCUUUUUUUGGGGUUUGUUGAUUUUCUUUAUUAAGAGUGUGAAAACUGGUUCAAGAUUGUUGUCUGUCACUCUGCCUCUUCACAACAGCAGUUCUGGGUCCGUAACGUCCACUGAUGUGUGCGAGUGGGAGCGAUCGCUAGAGGUCGGGUCCGUGGGAAGCGUUCGGAAGGUGAAAAAAUAUAUAGCGGCCGCGUAGCAGAACGUCGAUCUGCUCCCGGCUGCGAUGCUUUUUAUUUAUCAACAGGAGAAAAGCCAGACUCCAUAAACGUGUCACAGAAGUCAUUCAAUUUUGUUUCUCGAAGCAAAACAUUUCCAACCACGUCUUGACUCAGGCAACAACGUUCCGCUGUGUUGUAAGACAUUUUCUCGUUGAUAUCCGCGCUCAUUCGAACAGUUACACACGUGUAUGGUUUUUUCCAGGUUUUUUACUGAAAAAGUCACAAAUAAUGCAGGACCAAAGUUUAUGUGCCUUUCAUCUAGCUUAUUUGUAACUUAUUUCCUGGCUGUAUAUCAGAAACCGACAAACUUCUUGUAUUUUCCACUCUCGAUCAUGUUACAAGUCUGUUUUCCACGUGUCUCACAGUCUGUUCUCGGUUUGUUUCCCUCAGAAAGGUCAAGCCAUAUCCUUUCCCCCCUCAAACUAGACUCAUUUACGAUUGUGAAUGUGUUACCGGGCCCUUAUUAAUUCAUUUGAACAGCCUUACGCUUUCAGUAUUUCAUGAAUAGCUCCGGAUAGUCGCCACCAUCUGGAUAAGCGGUUACACUUUUUGUCUUAUUUCGUCAUCAGUUCCAUUAAAAAGCUUUACUCUAAAACGUACGAGACCGUAAAGUUAAACCAACCACUGAAACCAAAGGACUUGAUUGAAUUGGAAAUGAUGCAGCACUGUUCAGACUGAGAUAUUUUAUUGCUUUAUUACGAUGCAAUUGACCCUUACAAUCUAAACUUCAAAUUUCAGCCAUAAUGCUUUCUAUUUUCUUCUCAUGACUAAAUUUAUGGGCUAUGAAUAUGCUAAUUGACCUGUAUAAUUUGCAUAAAUGGGAGGGGCUAGACUAAAUUAGCUAACUGAGGUGUCGCUCAAGCACAGCGCACAUACAGAAGUGCCUGAGUUGAUCUCAGGAUGCUUUGAAAUACCUAAUUUAUAGUUUUUAUGAAUGUUUCACUACCAAAAGGAAACAAAUGCUGUACAUAUGUGUUCCCUUAUUUUAUUUUAUUGUUUUUGUUUUUUUAACCUGGCCAAAAAAAAAAAAAAAAAAAAAAAAAAAAAAGGUUUUGGGGAACAA